GAAUCAAGAGCCUUAUGGCAGUCCUCCAUUUCCCAUUACUCCUUUUCCAAUGAACAAUAGUUUACCUCAGGAAUAUUCAGCCUUUCAAAAGAUGAUGAGCCAUUUUUUAACACAGCAGUAUGCUGUUUACAGUCCAAUGGAACAGCAGCUUCCUUACUAUCAGAUGACUCCACCACCAUCUUCAGUUUUUCCCAUGCCACCCUAUAUGAAUCCUGUUGAGGAUUUUAAAGCUGGGCAAAGCUCUUUUGAGUGGGUUCCUCCACAACUGAGCGACUGUGAAUCAUAUCUGGCUAAUGAAAAUGCUUGUAAAAGAAAAAGAGAGCAGCAAACUAGUGAUAGUGACAGUAGCAUGGAAAAUGACAGAAAAAAACAAAGAGAACAUGGCCAAAAAUACCGUAAGUGUAAGAUCAAGAAAAAAAGGCACUAAUACUGUGUGCCUGAGUUCACAGUUUUUUUUAAUUGCGCUUUUAUUUGUUCUUUUUAUUUGAGAGUGAGCAUCUCUCUCAUUUUUGCACUUUACUAAAAUGGACUCACAAGAUUCAUGACUAUUAUUUUUGAAAUGUAAUAUGUAUAAAGUAUCCUGACAUUGCAGUUAAUCUUAUCAUAUUUGGAGGAAGAAAUCCUUCUAAAAAAGGUAUAGGAAAAGUAUUGUAAAAGUUGAACUUUUCCUAAUAAAGGACAAAAGCACUUUUGUUUCCCUUAUUUUUUCAUGAAGCAAUGACAACUAUUAUUCCACUAAUACAUGAAGUUUUCAACUUUAGUCAUUCAAAAGUAUUACAGAUGUGUGUUGGAGUAAGAACCCUGUAGGGUAGCUUUAAAAGAAUUGUUCAAGCUGAGCAGUAUUAAAG